GCUGCUAAUAGUCCCCCCUCUCCUCCCUUUUGCACGCAUAGUUCUGUGUCUAUGUGCACACGCACCACACCACCAUGGCUCAUCCAAGCCCUUUCUAUGCUGCUUGUAGCCAGUGAGUCAGCCAGCCAGUGGGAGAAGGCUGGUGUUUUUGGUUAUUCCAUUUUUUAGUUGAGAAUGUCACACACUUGUCUAGUCUGGUGGUUUUGGAUAUUUGGUGGCAUUGUAUAUUUUGGGUGAACAAUGUUUUUUGCCUUUCAUUUCAAGCUGCUGCAAACUGGAGUCAUAAUGGCGUGUGGACAAGAGAGAAGUGUGUGUGUGUGUGUGUGUGAGUAAAGGAAAAACAGAAAAUGUGUAAGUGUCUUGAGUGAGCGAGAGCCAUGUAUCCAUCGCUCAGCCCUUGCUUUCCUUUGCUCAUGCGCUGAGAUAUUGAUGCCAUUUCCACCUGUGCCCACAACCUUUACCAUGCCCACCCCUCCUAUGCUCUAUCUGUCUGUUGUACCCAUGUGGUCUCUCCCUGGCCUCUCACGGUGUCUCUCUGCUCUGCCCGCGGUCUCCUUCGUACACUCUGCUGUCUGUGCGACUCAGUCUGAUUUCAUGCACGCCCUGGCCCACUGCAUGCUGGAGCCAGAGGAGCUGGAGCUCUCCACAGUGGUAGUACACCUGCAGCAGUCCUCCUUACUGUAGAUGUCCCUGCCUCCCUAGAGAUCUGGAACCUUCUAGUUGAUCUUUUUUCUGACUUGUCACUCUAGUUAGGCCUACCCAUGUAGAAUUAGCUACUUCCCAAUUAAAGAUUAGUGUGUUGUUUUUAUGGUAGUUACACUUGAAUAAUUGAAGAUUUGUAUAUUCAGAUUGCAGGAUGGGUUAUUUUAUUUGCUACUACUGUGGCCAAGUUGUGAUUAGACUGGGAGGCCUAUGGAUUGAGAUCCAUUUAGUAUCUCUUAUCACAAAUUCAUUCUGUAGGCCUUGUAUUUGGUUGAUGGUUGGAGUUUAGUUUGAUUAAUCAUUAAGUAAAUGUGGUUCAGGCUGUUCAGCUAGUCCUGGCCAGUAGACUAGAGCAUUGAUGAAUACAAUAGGCUAGUUCAGUUUAUUUUUUAUUUUCUACACCACACAGUUAGCCAGCAGAAGUGGGCCAGUGAUUCCCAUGUGACCCUCUUCUGUAUGCUAGUGGCCUGGUUUGACUGUGGGGACCGUGACACCGCAUUCACAGAGAGGUACGGUACCGCAGGGAGCACACGUCAGGGCGCCAGUUGCCCUUCUUCCCCCUACUGGAGGACCUGAUGAGGGAUGUGUGUGAUGGAGCCGCGCUCCUCACCGUGGUCCACUACUACUGCCCCAACCUCAUGAAGCUUGACGAUAUAUGCCUGAAGGAGGUGACGUCCAUAGCUGACAGUCUGUAUAACAUCCAGCUGCUCAAGGAGUUUGCCAACGAGUAUCUCAACAAGAGCUUUUACCUAACAAUAGAAGAUAUGCUCUACUCUCCACUGGUGCUCAAGCACAAUGUGAUGGUGUUCAUUGCGGAGUUCUUCUGGUGGUUUGAGACGGUCAAGCCAGAGUUUGUCCAACCCAGGACUGAGGAGUUCAAAGAUGCCCGAUCCAUGGCUCAGCCGAAGAGUGCCCGCCCCUCAGUGCCCAUCUCCAAUGCCACCAAGCGUAGCUUCCAGGUGACCCCUGGCAUCACCGAGGCCUCUCUGUCUGUCUCUGCCCAGAGCAGCCCUGAUGUCUCCAACAGGUACUUCCUGCACCCUGCUGAAGACUCUGACCCUCUUACUAAAGGAGGUCCUGCUGCAGCCUUCAGCACCUCCCACCCACUCCUCCCUCUGAGGCAGAGACAACAGAAGCAGCAACAGGGAGAGGAUGGAUCAGGAAUUAGAAACCGCUCCAACUCCUUGGAGAACAGACAGCCACGAGGUUCAGUGCAGGCCUGGCCUGACAAGAGACAGAGGCCAAUGUCAACGCUCAACCCGUACACGUUUGGUAUCUCAGCCACUGACAGCGACGCUGAUAUAGCCUCUGGGGACAGUGUGAGUCUGGCCCGCUCCAUCAGUAAAGACAGCCUGGCCUCUAAUGUAGCCAACCUCACCCCCAAACACCAGGGUCUCACCCCCCAGGGCCACACCCUGAUCGGACCCGCCCAGGUAGGCCGCGCCCCAGUCAGCCCUGCACCCCGCCGAGUCAACGGCCACGGCCUGCUGGGAAACGUCAACAUGGAGGAGGAGGAGGAGGAGAAACUUGUGUCGGUGAUGAGGACUGAAGCGUCAACAGCUCUCCCCAGUCAGGGCGAGGCGACGCAGCCAACUGCUGGGGCCAGGCCCAAGGAUAGCUUUUACUUAGAACCACUGAUGCCUGCUGUGUUGAAAUCGGCAAAAGAGAAGUCUGUAUGCCUGAAUAAGGAGGAGGAGAGUGGGGAGGUGGGGCGAUCGUGGGGAGCGGGGUCCAUCCGGAGAGUAGAGGGGGUGCCUGGACUCGCGGCGUCGGCCAGGAGAAAAAUCCCCACCAGCCUAAAUCGGACCUCUACUCCCACUUCUAGUGGGGAGUUUGCCGUGUCUGCUGAAGCUUCAUUGGCUGGGCCACCCCAGGGACAAGGAGCCUGUAAAAACCUGGUCACCAGUAGUGUGGACCCCUCCUCCAGAGAGCCACCUGGGGGCUUCUACCUCCACUCUGACAGUGACAACCAGAAUCCUGGUCAGGACCUGGAGCCAGACCUGGACGAGGCUGAUGAGGAGGACCUGGAUGAAGCUCUCACCACCAAGGACCCAACCAGGCCUAGGAAGGCCUUCGAUGAGGAAGAAGAGUCAGCCAAGCUGCAGGAGGACCUGAAGGAGAAAGAGGACAGGGAUAAAGGGGAUGAUGGUGGUAGUGGACGCUCCAGCCCCUGUCUCAGCACCCACUCCCAGGCCAGCAGCCUGGCCAGCGGCAGUAUACGCAUGACCAGCUUCGCUGAACGCAAGGCCCAGCAGCGCUUUGGCAGCAACCAUGACCUGCGACCCAGUGCGUCCAGCUCCCAAAGGACCACCCCAGACGGCUCCGAGUGCAGCGGGCCCCUCUCUCUGCCCACCUCCUGGAGGCUGAAGAGGGACCAGAGCCCCUCCUCGCCCCAGGGGGGGCGGGGGGACGGUGGCACCAACUUGUUGGCUUCUGAGCUGGUACAGCUCCACAUGCAGCUGGAGGAGAAGAGGAAGGCCAUCGAGCACCAGAAGAAGAAGAUGGAGGUGCUGUCAGCCAGACAUAGACAGAAGCUGGGCAAGGCUGCCUUUCUGCACAUCGUCAAGAAGGGCAAGAGCGACACCCUGCCCCACCCGCUCAAACCAGACUACAACUCCAAAGAGGAGCUCAACGGGGACAAAGGGGGGAGCUCGAAAGAUGACUCGUGCCUGGAUGCACUGAGAGUGGCCAAAGAGACAGGGUCUGCCACCUCGCCAGUCCCAGAUGCCUUAGAGAUGGUGGAAAGGAAGUGCAGCGGUAGCACUGGUCUGCUGCUGGACGAAGAACUGGACCUGAACGAAUGUAACCGCUCCAUUGAGAUGCUGAAUGAUGCCAUCGGCAGCAUCCAGCAGCAGAUGAUGCAGCUGUCCCUCCAGCAGGACCUGCUGAUGAAACAGAAUGUACAGUCCCCUCCUGGCCCCCCUCCUCCCAACGACAAGACCAGCGGCUCUGAACCAAAAGCCCAAUCUGCCGCCCACUUUGUGGAGAUGGGCAGCGGCGCACCAACCACCGGUACCGCACCAACCAGGAAACCCCCCAAGCUGACCUCGGCCAGAGGCCCAAGGUCGAAGCCCUCUGAGCUGAAGCUGGUCAAGGAGCACGGGAGGCAGGGCCUUACCUCCAGCAGGGCAAUCACCCCCACCCACAGCCUGGAGACCCUGCCCCACUUGAGGCAGUUCCCCGGGGGCAGGUCCCCCAGGGCAGACCCCCCUGACACCAGAACCCCCUCUGUUGGUGGAGAGACAAUUAGUGUGCAGGACAAGCCUGGACGGAGCGCCACCUUUAGGCUCAACGAUGAGGCUAACCUGCGCACAAUGGCCCGUAUCGACCCGGUAAAUGUCACCCCAGAAGUGUCCUUUGAGUGCCUGUCCAGUACCUUGAGGGAGGGGGAGCUGAAUUCCUCGGACGGCUCGGGGAAGGAGAACGUCCCCUUGGAGGAAGUGUCAUGGAGCAAAGCCCCCCUGAUAGAGGUGGACCUGUCAGACCUGAAGGACCCAGAGGAGAUGGAGGGAGACUGUGGUCAAAACAGCACCAUGGAUGGAGAAGACGGAGAACAGAAGUCUGGCCUGGGAUUCUUCUUCAAGGAUGAACAGAAGGCGGAGGAUGAGCUGGCUAAGAAGAGGGCAGCGUUCCUCGUAAGGCAGCAGAAGAAGGCUGAGGAUGCCCGGUUACGCAAACUACAGCUGGAGUCAGAGACUGAACAGAAGCGGGAAGAGUCCAGGCGGAAGGCGGAGGAGGACCGGAUGAGGAAGGAGGAGGAGAAGGCCCGUAGGGAGCUGAUCAAGGAGCAGUACCUGAGGAGGAAGCAGCAGGAGCUGAUGGAGGAGCAGGGCCUUGGCAGCCCAGCCAAGCCCAAGACCCCCAAGACCAAGCCUAAGAAACCCAGUCACCAGACUCACAGACCCAAGUCUGCGUUCAGCAGAGAGGAGUCAUCCAGCGACACCUUCUCUUCCAAGUGCUCUUCAUCUACACCUGACAACCUGAGCAGUGCCCAGUCAGGCUCCAGUCUGUCCCUGGCCUCUGCUGCCACCACUGAGGCAGACAGCGUUAACUCUGGAGGAGCAGGAUCCCAACGUGGUGAGUCUGAGUCUUUCCCAGGCCUGAGUCGAAACGCCAGUCGAAACACUGAGAGAGACUGGGACAACGGCUCCACUGCAUCUUCAAUCAACUCCAUGGCAGAAUACACUGGUCCCAAGCUGUUCAAGGAGCCCAGUUCCAAGUCCAAUAAGCCCAUCAUCUUCAACGCUAUCUCUCACUGCUGCCUGGCUGGCAAGGUCAAUGAACCCCAGAAGAACACCCUCCUAGAGGAGCUGGAGAAGGUUGAGGCUCACCACCUGAUGAUCCUGUUCAGGGACGGGGGCUGCCAGUUCCGGGGAGUCUACUCCUUCUUCCCAGACACGGAGGAGAUCCUCAAGCUGACUGGCACGGGCCCCAAGAGCAUCAGCAAGAAGAUGAUUGACAAGCUCUACAAGUACAGCUCGGACCGCAAGCAGUUCACCGUCAUCCCCGCCAAGACUGUGUCGGUCAGCAUAGACGCCAUCACCAUCCACAACCACCUGUGGCAGGCCAAGAGAACCACUGUGCCAAAGAAGAGUGGGAAAUAAUCUGUGGAGGCCCUUGGAACUCUGGGGUUCCAUUCCACUCCAUGGUUGUCCUAGGUUCCAUUCCACCCUGCUCUCCUGGAUAAACUGCAUUGAUGUCCACUGCCAAUAAACUCCCUCUAUCAAGCUGAAGGAGAGGCCACAUGUAUGGGCAGACACGUGGCCCCUUCAGUUCACACUAAUGUGGGGGCAUGGAUGGAUGUAUGCAUCUGUGCUGGUGGCCUGCGAGUGGGAUUGUCAUCUGCAUGAACCAAUAUGGAGGGUCCUCUUUGUCUGGAUCUCAAUGUAUUCUGUUCAGGGUGUCCAUCGAUCAAUUAAUUCGGUUCUGUUUUUCUAAAGACUCUUAAGAGAAGCAUGUGGCAUUUUUUUCAUGGGGUGGGUUUCUUUUUACUUGAAGUAUUUAUUGGUUUGGCACUGAAUGGUUGAGCUCAGCUGCAGUAGUCCAUACAACACUACCCCCCCCCCUCUCUUAUUGGACUGGUUAUGACCCUACGAACACCCCUCUCGCUCUUGUUGGAGGGGAUGGGUUGUUCAUAAUCUCUCUACUGCAAAAUCUGACCUGAAAGGACCUUAUGUCCCUUCAGGUCUUAAAAGGACCGUUCUGCUGCAACAAAACAAUCUGCAGUCGAACAAACUGGACCUUAUCUACCAGACAAGCAUCGCCAACCUUGCCUCUCCAGUUAUCUUUCUGUCCAAUGUGCUGCUUUGAUCUCCUGUUUGUUACCUGGGCUCCUCCCAGACCAUCUGCUGGCCUUCUUCAUGCGUCAUAGUGGUACUGUCAACUGUCUAUUUAUUCAAACUUCAACCGAUUUUUAAAUGCAUAUCAGCCUGUUGUAGCACUGUCUAUCUGGUGUGUAGAAUUAUGAUGGACGUUUUUAAACUACUCGUCUACUCGCCUUUUAACCCUCUAAAACGAGGGUGUGAAGACGAGGAAUAAUAGGCUUUGGUACUGUAGAAAAAUGUCAAGAUGCUUAUUUUUUUUGUUUUUGUGUUAUUUUGUUUUAUAUUGAGCAGUGUGGUGGGUUAUACAGCAAUUGAGCUUAUGUUAUGUGUGUUUCAUCAUCCAUGAAUCUGUCUGACGUACGUCAGCUAGUUAGAGCUAGUCGUGUUUCUCUUCACUGGGCACUACUAUGUCCUGUAUAAAGGUGCACUCCACUCACGAUCACGUUUCAAAGGCUUUUAUCAUGCAAUGUACCCCCCCUCCCUUCUAUCCCACGAGUGAUCGGCUACCCACCAGGGGUGGGGUCCAUUUCAAUUCAGGGAGUAAACUAUCAUUUCAAGUCCAUUGGAAUUAAAAUGUUGGCUUCGUUCCUAAAUUAACUGAAUUGACCCCAACCCUGCGACCCACCCAGCUUCCUCCCCCUCCCCUUCUGCAGCCCUUUCCCCAGAGAGCUGCAUGCUCUUAUUCUGAAGAGUGCGUGCGUCCUGCUGGAACCGGUUUGAAUGACAUUAUUUAAUAUAUUCAUAAUGGGUUACUCUGUGGGACUGUGGUCUAUUUUAUUUACCUACCAACCAACAUUAAAGACCAUUCCUGAAAGGUGUCAACAAACACUGCCACCAUUUUCCAUUUUUCUCUGUCCAAGUGCUUAUUAUUAGAUACCAUAUGUUGGCCUCAAGAACAACUAUAAGUGUUGCACGUGCACUUUACUGACUGAGUACAAAAAGUGGAAUUCGACUUUAAACGGACAUUUGAAACGUAUUGCAAACAAACAGAACAUGGUUACGUUUUUUUUAAACAACUCCUGUACACUCCCAACAGAGAAACACUACCCUUCCUGAACUAAAACAAAGCACUAAGAUAUAACACUGAGCAGUCGAUUUAAGAAGUCCUCGUUUCUUCACUACUACGGCUGUCUCCAAAAAUACGUAGAAUACUUGAUUAUAAUUUGCUGCAUUUGGUUUAUUUUUUUAAUAGAUCUUUUCAAUGUUAGUGUUUUUAUGUUUACUAAAAGAUUGUAUAGGCAUUGAUGACCAUUUGUUACUGUAUGCAAUUUCCAUGCCUGUUCAUUUUACUAUUUCUUUCAGAUCAUACCAUCUAUUUAUUUUAAACGAACGCACUGAAACAGAAUAAAAUUUUCAAGUUAAUAAAACACAUUUUCAUAUUUUUUUGUUCACAUUGUUUAGAAUACAUUUGACUUAAAAUACAUGUUUCAGCCUACAUCACCAGCAGUUCAAUGUAUAGUUUGGCAUUCACGUGCAUGUUUCACGACUAUUCAGACACCUACAAUACAUAUUUGCAUAUUUACAUAUAUUUUUGCAUGCCCUGUUUUCACUCCCGCACCAGUUACCUAGGGUUAUUGAUGGCAUCUUUCACUUAAAUGGAAUAUCAAGUAGAUCUAAAGUUGUUUUUUUUUUUACCGGUGCUGAGCCAAAAAUACUAAUAAGUGAAGUUAAACCCAGAUCACAAGUAACCUACAAGGGUGUUAGUGAGAUGUGCUGCUAUCCUCCAAGCCUCCCUGGUGUUAACUGUCUCCCACCACCCAACUGGAACAACGGUGCCCGGCAUGCUUCGCUUGCAGCAGGACUCAUAACCAUGAAGCAAACCAGAUGCCUGGCAUUUGAGGCCACAUUGAAUUCAUCAUGAACGUGUCUGCUGCUUGCCUUUCUGUGAUGAUGCUGUAUGGGGUUCUGGUCUCGGUGCGCUCCAACAUUUGUGCUCAGGAGGUACAGAUUUACAUCUGUCAAGAGAUCCCACAAAGUUACCCUGUUGGCCUGGCCUCUCUGGUGCUCUUUGUAAGUAAUGUUGGAGCAAUCAACCGUACUGUGUUCAGUAGUGACAACCUGGCCUCAGUCACCCGUCUCACCAUCAACAACGCUGGUAUCACCAACAUCUCAUCCAGAGCUCUCUGGUUCUUCUGUGACCUCAAAACCCUCAGCCUGGACCGCAACAACAUCUCCCAGCUCAACCCAGACUGGUUCAGCCAACCAGCCAUCCUCCAAAACCUCACCUUAAUUCAGAACCAUAUUGAGGUUGUAGAGGACUCCAUGCUUAGUGGGUUAACUGGUCUAAUUAGCCUAAACCUGACCAGGAAUAUGAUCCAGAGCAUUGCUCCUGGUAGUUUUAGCACCCAGUCCCAUCUGGCCAGUUUGGACCUGUCUGGUAAUAGGAUCGUAACCAUCAGUCCUGGUAAUGUAGCAUGAUGUACUACAUUACCCAUAAUGCACAGUGUAUGAUAUCCUGUUUUAUCUUAGUAAAGAAGUUCCUGAAGCUGACAAUGGUGUACUGUCUUAUCAAUACAGGUAGUUUCAGUGGACUCACUGGCCUAACUAGUCUCAACUUGGCCAGUAAUAGGAUCAAGAGCAUCAGUCCUGGCUGUUUUAGCGCC